CAGUGACGUAUUUCCAAAACUUUCGUGAUGAAAAUAAAGUUUUGGACUAUGAACUUGAAUUUCAAUAAUAUUUUCUUUCAAUAAAUUGUAACUUUCUUGGCUAAAGUAAUAUUACUACAAUGAGUCAACCGCAUCGCCAGGCCGUUCUCAAUUUAUAUAAAACCUUGCUGUUUCUGGGACGCGAUUGGCCUCAGGGCUACGAUUUAUUUCGGAAGAGACUGCACAAAGUGUUUACGAAGAACAGCGAGGAGACUGAUCCAGAAAAGAUCAAGGUAAUGAUAAAACACGGUGAAUUCGUCGUUAAAGAAAUCGAAGCUCUUUACAAAUUGAAAAAGUAUCGUACAAUGAAAAGGAGGUAUUAUGACGAAACUGCAUAGCAUGGGUACAGAAUUUACUCUGUCUACAAGAUCAUGUUUUAUUACUAACUUUAUUUAUUAGAUUUAUAGGUACUCAUGAAUUGACGUUGAGUAUUGUAAUUUAAUAAUCCAAAAUGUGAUAACUUAAAUACAUAUUAGCUGUGAAUUUUUACCUGAAAUUAUAAAUGAUGAAAUGGGGUAAAAUUUAAUUUUAUCUUUUGUUGUAAAAAUUUGUUAAAUUUAAGAAAAAGUAGUCAUUGGCUUUUUUCUAAACAAAUUUUAUAGUACUAUAGAACUAAAACUUCCUGAAAAGUUUUGUAGUCAUUUUAUUGUAACAGUGCAGUGGUAGAUUCAAGAAAUGAAACAACAAAAUCUAUGUAAUUAUGUAUUAUAGACAUUCUUCAUAGUUUACAUAAUUCAUUACUAUUAUAAACUCUAAAUAAAUUAUAAUAAUGAAAUAAAAAUAUCUAUUUAUUUCGUCUAAAAUAAUUAUUAACAUAAUUUUAAUCGGACAAUGCUUUUAUUCAAGUGGUAAGUGAUAUGACAAUUAUUUGGAUAUAUACAUAUAAUAAACUUUAUGAAUAUAUACAUGAUACAUCUACAAUAACAACAUUAUAACCGAAACAAACCUACUAAUGUAUAGUCAAGUGCAAGAGAUGGGCAAUGGGGAUACCGAUUAAACCCUGCAUUGUUUAGUGUAACUAUUAAAAUUAAGAUUUAGAACGGAUUAAUUCAACACUAAAUUCAGCGAACUUGGUUAAAUUGUAACAAACAGCAUUCCAUACAACAGCUCAACACGCCACACAAUAUUUUCAUACAUUAUUAUGCAAAAUAGUUAUUGAUAAUUGUAACUACCUCAAAAUCGGACCAAUUAUUAUGUUGAGAUUUUUCCAAGUUGUUGUUACACUAAUGCAUAUCCAGUAAGAUAUUAAAAUGCAAUAGCUAAUGGUCCAUUAAGUCAUCAUGAUAGCUUCCUAAAAUAUUUUUUUAAUAUUAUUCCAAGGUUGAUUACAAUUUUUAGAGUGCUCAAGUGUCAUAAUUGCUUGAAAAUGUAUUAUUCUGAGGUAGGAAGGUCCUUGAUCCAAUGAUGGUAAUGUCUUUCAUUUCCGUUAUUAGAUCGCCAAAUGAACUUUCACAUAGUUUCUAUAUAUGAAUACUUCGUAAAUCCGUCCGUAUCCUUGGACAAUUUUCGAGGGUGCUAUCUAGUCCCAAAAGUCGAGUUCUCUGACUACUGCGCCAAAUCAUUUGUUAAUAAAAAUGAUAUGAAAUUAAAUGUAAAUAAAGUGAAAUUAAAAAGAUCAGUGGAGACUAAGAAUACAUUCAUGUAUUUGCUGACUAAGCUUGAGUACCGGCGCCUACCUUAGUCAUUACAUUAAACAAGCAAUCAUGGUAAUUAGGCACGGUG